CCAAUUGUCUGUUCCAUAAUCGCGUGUUCUUUGGGAACUUUUCGGCGGCGGUGCUUCGAACCUCCGACAAUGGCGGCAUUCCAAGCUCCGUCCAUGAUCUCUUCGAGCUCUUCUGCUUUCUUAGCUCACAAUAGCUUCAGCUUGAGCUCGUCCAAGCUAUGCCUUCCUCGGAGCAGACCUUGUGUUUUGAAAUGCGCUUCGGCGCCGACGACGGAGACUGCCCACAAGACGAAUGUUUCUCGCAAUACAAAUAUGGCAAAGCUUCAAGCUGGCUAUUUGUUUCCAGAGAUUGCCAGGAGAAGAUCAGCCCACAUGUUAAAGUAUCCUGAUGCAAAGGUCAUAAGCCUAGGGAUUGGCGACACUACAGAACCCAUUCCUGAUGUUAUAACUUCUGCCAUGUCUAAGAGGUCACAUGCACUAUCAACAAUUGAUGGUUAUAGUGGUUAUGGAGCUGAACAAGGCGAAAAGCAACUGAGGGCAGCUAUAACAUCAACCUAUUAUGGAGACCUUGGUAUAGAAGAGACUGAUGUUUUUGUUUCAGAUGGUGCCAAGUGUGAUAUUUCUCGUCUGCAGAUGCUCUUUGGGUCUAAUGUGAAGAUGGCAGUGCAAGAUCCAUCUUAUCCUGCUUAUGUAGAUUCAAGUGUUAUUAUAGGCCAAACGGGCCAAUACCAGAAGGAGAUCGAGAAGUUUGGAGACAUUGAGUACAUGAGGUGCACGCCGGAAAACGGUUUCUUCCCUGACUUAUCAACCACUUCGAAGGCAGAUAUCAUUUUCUUCUGUUCUCCAAACAAUCCAACUGGGGCUGUGGCAUCCAGAGAUCAGCUAACUCAAUUAGUGCAGUUUGCGAGAGACAACGGAUCUAUUAUAGUUUAUGACUCAGCUUAUGGAAUGUACAUAUCAGAUGACAGUCCAAGGUCCAUAUUCGAAAUUCCGGGGGCGAAAGAGGUUGCCAUUGAGGUAUCAUCCUUCUCAAAAUAUGCGGGGUUCACCGGCGUUCGCCUCGGUUGGACAGUGGUUCCCAAGGAGCUUCUUUUCUCUGAUGGAUUCCCCGUGGCCAAGGAUUUUAAUCGCAUAGUCUGCACAUGCUUCAAUGGCGCAUCCAACAUUGCUCAAGCUGGUGGUCUUGCUUGUCUUUCUCCUGAUGGUCUGAAGGCCAUGAAUGAUGUGAUCAACUUCUACAAGGAGAAUACUGCACUCAUUGUCGAUACAUUUACAAUGCUUGGUUUUAAUGUGUAUGGCGGGAAGAAUGCUCCCUACGUAUGGGUGCAUUUCCCAGGCCGAAGCUCAUGGGAUGUGUUCGCCGAGAUUCUUGAGAAGACCCACUUGGUUACAACCCCAGGCAGCGGGUUCGGUCCCGGAGGCGAAGGCUUUAUUAGAGUUAGUUCCUUCGGUCACAGGGAAAAUGUUCUUGAAGCUUGCAGGAGGCUGAAACAAUUCUACAAGUGAGCAAGAUUCUCUCCAUGGUAGGACUAGUCUUUACCAUGCAUCUUCCUCAGGGACAUUCUUGUUUUAUCCUUCAAUCAAGAACUUGUGCAUUUUAGAAGAACGAAAAAUGCCAAUGAAUUGUCAUGAAAUAACGAUUUCGGUCAUUUCGUCCAGAUUUUGCCUGAAUGUAAGCAUUUAUGACUACCUAUAUCGUUUAUAAACUCAAGUUUUGUUA